CAAGGUGGGGGGAACGCGCUUGGGGCGCGCGCUUGGGGCAGCCGGCGCCCUAACUCUGCCCGCGCCCCCGGCGCCUCGCCGCCCGCCCGCCCGGCGCCCCAGCCGCCGCCGCAUGGCGCUGAGAUGGCGGGGGCGCCGCGCGGCCGAGGCGGCGGCGGAGGCGGCGGCGGCGGCGGAGGCGGAGGCGGCGCGGGCGAGCCCGGGGGCGCCGAGCGGGCGGCGGGGCCGGGCGGCCGGCGCGGGCUGCGGGCGUGCGACGAGGAGUUCGCGUGCCCCGAGCUGGAGGCGCUGUUCCGCGGCUACACGCUGCGGCUGGAGCAGGCGGCCACGCUGAAGGCGCUGGCCGUGCUCAGCCUGCUGGCGGGCGCGUUGGCACUGGCCGAGUUCAUGGGCGCACCGGGGCCCGCGGCCGGCCUCGCCAAAGGCUCGCAUCCCGUUCACUGCGUACUCUUCCUGGCGCUGCUUGUGGUCACCAACGUCCGCUCGCUGCAGGUGCCCCAGCUGCAGCAGGUCGGCCAGCUGGCGCUGCUCUUCAGCUUCACCUUCGCGCUGCUCUGCUGCCCCUUCGCGCUCGGCGGCCCCGCCGGGAUCCACGCCUGGGCAGCUGCGGGACCGGUGGCCGCCGACCAGGGCGUUUGGCAGCUCCUUCUGGUCACCUUCGUGUCCUAUGCCCUGCUGCCCGUGCGCAGCCUGCUGGCCAUCGGCUUCGGGUUCGUGGUGGCCGCCUCACACUUGCUGGUCACGGCCACCUUGGUCCCUGCCAAGCGCCCACGUCUCUGGAGGACGCUCUGUGCCAACGCCCUGCUCUUCCUCAGCGUGAACAUGUACGGGGUCUUCGUGAGGAUCCUGGCCGAGCGCUCCCAGAGGAAGGCCUUCCUGCAGGCCCGGAGCUGCAUUGAGGACCGGCUGAGGCUGGAGGAUGAGAACGAGAAGCAGGAGCGGCUGCUCAUGAGCCUCCUGCCCCGGAACGUUGCCAUGGAGAUGAAGGAGGACUUCCUGAAACCCCCUGAGAGAAUUUUCCACAAGAUUUACAUCCAGCGGCAUGACAACGUAAGCAUCCUGUUUGCCGACAUCGUGGGCUUCACGGGCCUGGCAUCGCAGUGCACGGCCCAGGAGCUGGUGAAACUCCUCAACGAGCUCUUUGGCAAGUUCGAUGAAUUGGCCACGGAGAACCACUGCCGUCGCAUCAAGAUCCUGGGCGACUGCUACUACUGUGUGUCAGGUCUGACGCAGCCCAAGGCCGACCAUGCCCACUGCUGUGUGGAGAUGGGCCUGGACAUGAUUGACACCAUCACGUCAGUGGCCGAGGCCACUGAGGUGGACCUGAACAUGCGUGUGGGGCUGCACACCGGCAGGGUUCUCUGUGGGGUCCUGGGCCUGCGCAAGUGGCAAUAUGACGUAUGGUCUAACGACGUGACCCUGGCCAAUGUCAUGGAGGCCGCUGGCCUGCCGGGGAAGGUCCACAUCACCAAGACAACCCUGGCAUGCUUGAAUGGUGACUACGAGGUGGAGCCGGGAUGUGGGCAUGAGAGGAACAGCUUUCUGAGGGCCAAUAGCAUUGAGACCUUCUUCAUCGUGCCUUCACACCGGCGGAAGAUUUUCCCAGGGCUGAUUCUCUCGGACAUAAAACCAGCCAAGAGGAUGAAGUUCAAGACCGUGUGCUACCUGCUCGUGCAGCUCAUGCACUGCCGCAAGAUGUUCAAGGCGGAGAUCCCCUUCUCCAACGUCAUGACCUGUGAGGACGACGACAAGCGGAGAGCAUUGAGAACAGCCUCAGAAAAACUCAGAAACCGCUUGUCUUUCUCUACAAACGUCGUCUACACCACCCCGGGCACUCGCGUGAACAGGUACAUCGGCCGCCUCCUAGAAGCUCGCCAGACAGAGCUGGAGAUGGCAGACCUGAACUUCUUCAGCCUGAAGUACAAGCAGGCUGAGCGAGAGCGAAAGUACCACCAGCUUCAGGACGAGUACUUUACCAGCGCUGUCGUGCUCGCCCUCAUCCUGGCAGCCUCGUUUGGCCUCGUCUACCUGCUGAUAAUCCCACAGAGUGUGGCUGUCCUGCUCCUGCUGGUGUUCUGCAUCUGCUUCCUGGUGUCCUGUGUCCUGUAUCUGCACAUCACCCGGAUCCAGUGUUUUCCAGGGUGCCUGACCAUUCAGAUCCGCACCGUCUUGUGUAUUUUCAUUGUGGUCUUAAUCUACUCUGUGGCCCAAGGAUAUGUGGUGGGCUGCCUGCCCUGGGCCUGGAGCUCCAGUCCCAAUGGGUCCCUGGUGGUCCUGACAUCCAGGGGCUGGAGUCCGGCGCUACCCACCAUGGCCUGCGAGUCUGCGCCUCAUGCCCUGCUCUGUGGACUCGUGGGCACCCUCCCGCUAGCCAUAUUCUUGCGGGUCUCCUCCUUGCCAAAGAUGAUCCUGCUGUGCGUGCUCACCACAUCCUACAUCCUGGUCUUGGAGCUCAGUGGGUACACCCAGGCUGUGGGGGGUGGUGCCGUGUCCAGGCGCAGCUUUGAGCCGAUCAUGGCCAUCCUGCUGUUCUCAUGCACGCUGGCCCUGCACGCCCGGCAGGUGGAUGUCAAGCUGCGGCUGGACUACCUCUGGGCGGCACAGGCAGAGGAGGAGCGAGAAGACAUGGAGAAGGUGAAACUGGACAACAAGAGGAUCCUGUUCAACCUGCUGCCAGCCCAUGUUGCCCAGCACUUCCUCAUGUCCAACCCCCGGAACAUGGACCUGUACUACCAGUCAUACUCACAGGUGGGGGUCAUGUUUGCCUCCAUCCCUAACUUUGAUGACUUCUACAUCGAGCUGGAUGGCAACAACAUGGGUGUCGAGUGUCUGCGCCUCCUCAAUGAGAUCAUUGCUGACUUUGAUGAGCUCAUGGACAAAGACUUCUACAAGGACCUGGAGAAGAUCAAGACCAUUGGGAGCACCUACAUGGCUGCUGUGGGGCUGGUGCCCACAGCCGGAACCAAGGCUAAGAAGUGCAUCUCCUCCCACCUCAGCACGCUGGCGGACUUUGCCAUUGAGAUGUUUGAUGUCCUGGAUGAGAUCAACUACCAGUCCUACAACGACUUUGUACUCCGUGUGGGCAUCAAUGUUGGCCCCGUGGUGGCUGGGGUGAUCGGGGCUCGCAGGCCACAGUAUGACAUCUGGGGAAACACAGUCAACGUCGCCAGUCGGAUGGACAGCACUGGGGUCCAGGGCAGAAUCCAGGGAGUGACCUCAGGCAACUCUGUGGCCGUCCAGGAAUCACCCUCGUGGGCUUCUCUACAGUUACUUCACCACUGGAGAGCCAGGACAUGCUGGGGGCACAUGGAGGCCUCAGAUCUCCACGGAGGGAUGAGGCAGCUUGAAACUAGCCGGAAGGUUCUGGAAGGGCAAGUCCAGAGGGGGAUGGAUGUCCAGAGACCCAAGGCUGUGACACCCAGCCAGGAGGGUUCUGGGAACUGCAUAUGACCCAGCCUCACUCAAAGCCAGUAGGCCUGAGAGGCCCUACUCACUGAUUCUCAGAGUUCCACCCCUAUCUGGAGGUCCCCACUAAGGAGAGGAGCCAGAGAUCACUCUGGACUGAGCCUGUGGGCACAGCUGGUGGUGUCCUGCACUGCCCCCACUGUGAGCAUGUGACAUGUGGCUUCCUAUGCAGGCAGGCCCCACCCCUCCACCCCCAGCCAGAUCACCGAGCAGGGCUCUGCUGUAGCUGAGGGAGGGACUCCUCAUGGCAGGCAGCAUGAUCGGCUACCAGGUCCCAUGUGGCUGGGCUAGCAAUGCAGGACUCGGGACAGAGGUGGGCAGGUUGGGUGACCUCUCCUCCUGCAGUUGAGGAGCCUCCUCCUGAGAACCAGCUCCAUGCAGGGCCAACAGUGGCCAUCACCCUGCAGAGAAGGACUCAGUGACCUAAUUCCAUGCCCCUCCCCAUUUAGGGACCGAGUCACCAUAGGAGUGCCAUCAGCAUGUGGCUUGUGCUGGCUAUGUGAACCCUGUCACCAGCCUGCUGGUCAUAGCCAAGCUGCCACAAGGACAGUGCAGGGGGAGGGGACAGCACAAUGGUCUGACCCUGUAACUCUGCGCUGUCACACAGCAAAGGGGGACUCUGCAGGUGGAAUCAGGGGCACAGGCCUUAAGUUGGGGAGAGGGUUCUGAGCUAUCCAGGAGGGCUCAGGGUGACCAGGGACUCCUUAGGAGUGGGUGAGGCAGGGUGGUCAGGACGAUGCCAAGCAUUAGGUCGUGGAAGUAAGGGGCCGUGGCCUCUGCCUGCAAGGAGGAUGCUGUCAUUCCCACAGCCAAGGCACAAAUUCAGUGCUGGCCUCUGGGUGAGAGCUUGCCGGCCACACCAGACACCUGCGAGACUCUCAGAAGUUCGUCUGGCUCACGUCCAGUGAACUGUGAGCCCCACUGCCUACUUUGACAAGGCCAGCUGUUACAGAAUGGCAGGAGGCCAUCUGGGCCCCGACUGCAAGGGGAUGGCCAGACGGCGGCCGUGAGAGCUGUUGGCAUUGAUGGCGAUGCUCCUUCAUCAGCAACUCCAGGCCCUCUCACUUCCCAUGGACACAGGAGGCAUUUAGCCAUACAUACCUUGGGGUCUGAUGCACAAUGACUUCCUUUUAAUUCGUGAUAAAAUGUGUGAUACUGCCUUAUUUAUUUGUCUUGUACAAUACUCAUGUGCAGAUGUUAGAGACAUUCGAGUAGGAUUGUCUCCAAGUUAUUUACUUUAAGAUGCCCUGUAAAUAGCACACCCGUUGCAGGUGCCGCUUGUUCACUCUACCAAAAUGAGAAGAGCCCACUGCCCCCUUGUGAAUGGCACACCGUAGCCAGAUGUGUGAUGUUACUAAUGCCCUGCAUCCCUGCUUGGCGAAGGUUUGGCACUUUGGAAUAAUCCCAUGUUCCCUUGUUGACCCUUGCAUGCCUCUUGUAGUCUAGAACACAGCCUCAGUUCCAAAUGCUUCCAUGGACUGCCAGCUCUGGGCUGGUCCACUCCACCGGGUUCUGUGUCCUGUAGGAUGGCAGUCCCCACAGACCCAGCAACUGGAGCCUGUCUUCUUUAUCAGCCUCCAAAGCCACCAGGGCUUCCAGACACCUUCUGUCACUGAAGCAAUAACUCCAAACUGUAGAGACAAGUCUGUUCCAAAGCAUGUGGGGAAUUCAGACAUAAGCCAUGCUCACAAGCUGAGCAGUGUCAUGGGGGCUGACAACCCCAGAGCCUCCAGCCCCUCCUGCAGACCCAGCUUGGGUACCUCACUUGGGGGCCUUGCUGUCACACCUUUGGUGUGGGGAGCAGAUUGCCAGCUUUGGCCCAGAUUAGAUGUCCUCAGGGAGGGCACUCCAGGUCCGCACAGAUCCCAGACUCUGGCUCUUGCAUCUUGGUGCAUGUGUAGGGUGCUGUCUGCGGGUAGCUCAGCCCUCUGGCCAGGAUGCCUGUCUUCCAUGGUUGAUGUGUGGGCUCUGGCAUGGAUGGGAGCCAGCCAGCCUCAGAGACACCAGGCUGUUUCCCUCUGAUAAGAACACCGUGGCAUCGUCCCCACAGAGGCCUGGGAAUAGUAUUAAAUCCCUGCUUUAUGCUGCCCAUCGAGGGAAGCAUUGCUUGGCCUGUCAGCUUCGUGCCUGGGCUUUCCCCCAGGUGGGGGGACCCAUCUCAGUUCCAGGGCAUGCCCACCCUGCACGUGUGUUCCUAUGAUUCCCUGAGUAUGGAACCUUGCUAGUCUCCACCUGUGUGGCAGGCCUGCCCAUGACAUGUGUGCAUGGCAGGUGCCCUGUCAGUGCACCUGCGGGCAGGUGUGGUCACAGGGAAGGGCUGCUCACAUGUGCUUGUGAGCUCUCUGAUAAGGGUGGAUAAUUCUGAAGUGUGCAGACCUGUGAGUAUAUAUAAAGUAAUCCUCAGUGGCUCAAUUUAAAAAACAGCAAAACUAAAAAAAAGCAAAAAAGUAGCCUCCUUAGAGGCAAUUGGUUUCAAAAUGUUUGGUUUGGUGACAUAACUAAGGGGCAAGCCACAGCUA